AUGGUCUUGUACAAGCGAAAGCAAGUUCCAUUUGUUCCUCCUCCUCCGACCCCUUGUGACCCAUCGACUCAAGUGUGGGUCAUACCAAACACUAAAGAGUGGUUUCUCUCUUAUGAGGAGUUUCUAGAUCGGAUGGAUUUCUACAAUAGGAGGAAAUUUGUAUGUGAAAUCACAGGUAACUCAUGCCUCACUUAUUUUGAAGCAUUACAAAGUGAAGCCAAUGAACGCAAAGAGGUUGAUCGCAAUUUCCCCGAAAAUUUACGCGAACAUAUACUACGAUACUUGCAAUUUGAUCGCACAUCGAGAUUGGACCAGUUGAUUGACAAAGUGUACCUGGCUUUCAAAAGCGACUACUUUCCUGGUGAAGUUGUUUAUCUCAAAGGAUUGGAUCCAAGUAAUCAAACUCUCAAAUCCCGCGGAGUUAUUCGGGAAAAAGUUCAGUAUGCCAAGGAGCCUACAAAGUACCUCGUUGUACGAUCUCAUGAUAAUCACCAGGCUAUUGUAACUGGUGAAAACAUUGUUCGAGACAGGAACCACUUCACUAAAUGGUUGAUCAAGACAUUUAUCAAGUUAACAAUGUCACGUUCACACAAACUUGGAGCUCCAUGGGUGGUUAAGGCAGCUUAUGCCAAACAGUAUGGUAUUCCAACUACGUAUCCAGAACAUUUGCGUUGUUUCAUUGACUCAACUCCAACUGGUGAACCCACUUAUAUCCAACCAAAAAAGAAAAGGAUCGAUUCAGAAUUUAAGCAAGAAUUGAGAAUUAGACCUAAAACCGCUACACCUGUUGUAGCAAAUGACAUGGAAUCUACGCGAUCAGUUUCACCAAGUGGUGGUAUUCUUUUGGACAAAAAGAAGCAGAAGUUGAAGGAAGAGGUGAAACGAGGCUCACCAUCAGUGGAGCAGUUACCUUUUAGGAAAAAGUUUCCUAUUCAUCAUGUCCCUCUGGCCGUAUUGAACGAUUUGGAGGAUGCCGAAGCCUCUAGUAAUGAACACAACAAAACCUUGUUUCUGCAGCCGACUAAGAAAACAAUUGUGGAUGAUUUGAGUAUAAAAUUUGAUAUUCAAAAUGAAAAACCAAUGCCAAAAAUAUUGACUAUUGAGAAGCAGGAAGAAGAUGGACAUGAUCACUCUUCAAAGAAUGUGGAUGGCUCAGAUGGCACGAUUGACAAAACCAAGGAGGAAAGGGUGCCAUUGAAAGCGGCGCAACAAGCACUUCAAGUGUGGGCGUUUGUGAAUGUAUACCACAACGUGUUGAAUAUCGACACAUUCACCUUUGACGACUUUAUCACUUCGUUGAAUUACAAUUUAAAUACUCCAAAGCUGAGAUCAACCAUGGUGGAUGAGAUUUAUUGCUCAUUGCUAUGCAAGAUAGUGUCCAAUGAGAUGCCAAGUGCGAAAAAUGCAAAAGAAGCUGAAUCAAAGGAUGUGAUUUACGGUUUAAAUAUCACUGUACCGGAAGAACUUGAGGAAGAUGUUACUGAAGCUGAGCAGGAGGAGGAAGGAAACGGUAAAACAGAUGCAACAGUCGAAAAGGAGUCAAAUGGACUGGAUUCUCAUCGAAACGAAACAAAUGAAGACAGAGGCUCUGAUAGUGAGUCCGAGCACAAGCCUUUAAAAGUUGAGGAUGAUGGUAGUGAAGUAGAAGAGGAUGAAAAUGGAACAGUAAAGCAAGAAAAUGGAGCUGACGAGGAAGCCCAAUCUGAAGAAGAAGAAGAAGAAGAAAAAGAAGAAGAAGAAAAAGAAGAGGUGGAUCAUAAUGCUUACGACUAUCUCAACUACAGAGGUACUGCAUGGCACAACAGGUUGAGGAAGCGAAAUUUCAAGGAUGGGAAUUGGCAAAUUAUCCUCAUUGGAGUAUUAUCGUUGGUUGAGCAUGUACCAAAGUAUAACAAAGUGGUUCAGGACAUAUUCAAAGCGUUGGCACCAAUUGGCGAACCGGUUUCGGCGUCUGCCUUGAGAGCAAACUUUUACGAGCAUCUUGAUAUCAACUUGAAACUCCAUUCUUUGUGCAUCUUAACUGACUUGCUUAUUACGAGCCCCUUGGUGAGAAACUAUAUUGAGGAAAGUUUGGAAGAACAAACAAGUUUAAGAAGAACAAGGUUGGAGAAUAUCAAAGAAUACAGGGCCAAUCUCGAUACGGCACACAAAGCGCAGAAGCAAAUAGUCGAGGCUGUGCCACCAGUGGUUGAUGAUACGCCUGAUUCACAAACCGACCAAAACGCAACAACGGGAAAGCAGUUUGAGCAUGGUUUACACCUGCAGAAAAGCAUUGAAAUGUCUCAAAGUGAACGUGAAUAUGCCUCCACUCAUCCCGAAUUUGCCGAGCAAUGUGAAUUGCGCAGGAAUGCGUUGCUUAAACUCGAUGAAAUCAAAAGAAAUAAGAAAUUGAUUGAACAAAAAUUGAAUGAAUUUGACUGCCAGCGGAUAAAACUCUUGGGGAAGGAUCGUUUGUUUAACCGGUAUUGGUGGUUUGAAAACAAUGGAAUGCCUACUUUACACAAAGGAUCGGCGAAUGAGGAUGAAGACGAUGAUGAGGAUGACGAGGAGAAGAGGGAAAAGGAGAAGGAGAAGGAGAAGGAGGAUGAGGACGAGCAAGACGAGGAAGUUGAUGAUGUUCACGAUGAAACGUAUCUCAUGGGUCGAUUGUGGGUCCAGGGACCUUGCGAUACCGAUAUCAUCUUCAACUUCAAAAGGGAAGUUGAGGAAAUUAGACUGUUUGUAGAAUCAAUGACUGCCGAUAGUGAUGAGGUACUGGCAGAUACUAGUGAAGUGAAGGACGACCCAAUCAAGGAGGAAUCAGUGGAAGAUCAACCAAAUGACACAAUAAAAGCGGAUCCAGAUGCAACUGAAGAAGUGACACGGAAAAAGACUCAAAUUAAACGAAUGGAUUUCACGCAUUUGUCUUCAACGUUUAAACAAUCAGUCGAACUGCUCUGUCAGUUGAGAUUUACCGAUAGAGAGAUUUGCUCCACCAAUGGCAAACUUCUUGUCGAUCAAGAAGGUGCUUUGCAAGUGCCACUCAAUGAAAUAAGCCACAUUCAACGAAAAUUCAUUGAAGAGUACUACGCCCCUAUUUUGAACAGUUCCUCAUGGCGGUACUAUGAUGAGCCAGAAGAUAUCAACAAGUUGAUGUCGUGGUUGAACCCCUGGGGCAAGCGAGAAUCAGCAUUGCGUAAGGAAUUAUUCUUGGUUAAAGAUGCAAUAACAUCAAGUAUGGAAGCUAGGCAGAAGGCACUUUGUCUCAAUGGGAAUCCAAGUCCCCAGGAACAACAGCUACAAGAUGAACUCAAACAAUUACAAACCAGAUUGAAUGAAAUUGAGCAGGGUAAUCAAAAGGAGAAUACCGACCCCGAUGUGAAUGACCCUAUCGAUGGGGAUGCUGCUGAUGACCUUGUCCAAAUUGGCUCUAAACGAAGAUCAAGAGCGAGAAGAGCUAGUCCGCCAGUGCGUAAAAAGCCAAGACUUGACACUGUGCAAGAUGUAAUCAAGUAUGGUGAAGUUUCCGACAUCAAGAAUAAAAUCGAGGAACUAGAGCGAGAAGUAGCUGAGAGUAAACGAGAUGUCGAGAUUAACCGGGUUUGCGAAUGGGUGAAUUCGAAAGCAUUGGAUUUGUUUGGCAAAUCGAUUUUUGAAGGAGGUGAUAGAGUAAAGAAAUCAAAACGUAAAUAG